AUGCUCUCGCGCAUCGCCAAGUCCAUCGUCCCGCGCUACCCCGUCGCCCCAUCCUCCAUCUUCACCCGCACAAUGGCCUCCGUAGCCCAGCAACAACCGCACGCCAACGGCUCCGCCGAGAAGAAGGCCGCCGCGCCCGCGCCCUCGGUCACGCCGGAGCAGAUCGCCAUCGUCAAGGCCACGGCGCCCGUGCUCAAGGAGCACGGCGUCACCAUCACGAGCCUGUUCUACAAGAACAUGCUCGACGCGCACCCGGAGCUGCGCAACAUCUUCUCCAUGUCGUCGCAGGCGACGGGCCGGCAGCCGCGCGCGCUGGCGGCCUCGGUCCUCGCCUACGCCACCUACAUCGACGACCUGCCCAAGCUGCAGCACGCCGUCGAGCGCAUCGCCCACAAGCACGUCUCGCUGACCGUCCAGCCCGAGCACUACCCCAUCGUCGGCAAGUACCUCAUGGAGGCCAUCGGCGCCGUCCUCGGCGACGCCGCCACGCCCGAGAUCGUCGACGCCUGGACCAACGCCUACGGCGUCCUGGCCAACGUCUUCAUCGGCCUCGAGGGCUCCAUGUACAAGGCCCACGAGAAGUGGACGGGCUGGCGCAAGUUCAAGAUCGCCAAGCGCGUCAAGGAGGCCGACAACAUCGAGUCCUUCUACCUCGCGCCCGUCGACGGCGUGCCCCUGCCCACCUACCUCCCCGGCCAGUACAUCUCCCUGCAGGUCAAGGUCCCCGAGCUCGGCCACUUCCAGUCGCGCCAGUACUCGCUCUCGCAGGCGCCGCGCAAGGAGGGCGACUACUACCGCAUCAGCGUGAAGCGCGAGGAGGGCGCGACGGCGUCCGACGUCCCCGGCCUCAUCUCCAACAUGCUGCACCGCGACCUCAAGGAGGGCGACGUCGUCGAGCUCACGCACCCCCAGGGCGAGUUCUUCGUCGACCCGGCCGACGCCGCCAAGGCCGGCGCGCCCCUCGUCCUCAUCUCGGGCGGCGUCGGCGCCACGCCCAUCAUGUCCAUCCUCGACACCAUGACGCAGCCCGGCGUCGCCAGCCAGCGGCCCAUCAGCUGGCUGCACGCCUCGCGCUCCAAGCAGCUGCAGCCCUUCGCCGCCGCCGUGCGCUCCAUCCGCGACGCCAACUCGAGCCGCGUCUCGUCGCGCGUCUUCCUCAACUCGGUCGCCGAGGGCGACGUCGCCGGCACCGACUACGACUUUGGCGGCCUGGGCAUGGACCUGAGCAAGGUCGACAAGGCCAAGGACCUGUUUGUUGACAACACCAAGGCAGAGUACUACCUGUGCGGCCCGGAGCAGUUCAUGAUCGACAUCCGGCAGGAGCUCGAGAACAUGGGCGUCGAGAAGGAGAGGACCCACCUCGAGCUGUUUGCUACCGGCGAUAUUCAGUAA